GUGUACGGUGUGUUACAGUCUGUUGUGUUGGUGUACGGUGCGUUACAGUCUGUUGUGUGAGUGUACGGUGUGUCUCAGUCAGUUGUUUGGGUGCACGGUGUGUCACAGUAAAUUGUGUUGGUGUACGAUGUGUUACAGUCAGUUUUGUGGGUGUACGGUGUGUCACAGUCUGUUGUGCGGAUGUGCUGUGUGUUACAGUCAGUUGUGUGGAUGUACUGUGUGUCACAGACAGUUGUGUGGGUGUACUGUGUGAUACAGUCAGUUGUUUGGGUGUACGGUGUGUUACAGUCUGUUGUGUGAGUGUACGAUGUGUCACAGUCAGUUGUUUGAGUGUACGGUGUGUUACAGUUAGUUGUGUGGGUGUACGGUGUGACACAGUCAGUCGUUUCGGUGUACGGUGUGUCACAGUCUGUUGUGUGAGUGUACGGUGUGUCACAGUCAUUUGUCUGGGCGUACGGUGUGUCACAGUCUGUUGUGUGGUUGAACGGUGUUGCACAUUCUGUUGUGUGAGUGUUCGGUGUGUUACAGUAAGUUGUGUGAGUGUAGGUUGUGUUACAGUCUGUUGUAUGAGUGUGUGGUGUGUCACAGUCAGUUGUGUGAGUGUACGGUAUGUUACAGUCUGUUGUGUGGGUGUACGGUGUGUUACAGUCUGUUGUGUGGGUGUACGAUGUGUCACAGUCUGUUCAUAUGGUCGUACGAUGUGUUACAGUCUGUUGUGUGGGUGUACGGUGUGUUACAGUCUGUUGUGUUGGUGUACGGUGUGUUACAGUCUGCUAUGUGAGUUUACGUUGGGUCACCGUCUGUUUUGUGGGUGUACGGUAAGUCACCGUCUGUUGUUUGGGUGUACCGUGUGUUACAAUCUGUUGUGUGGGUGUACGGUGUGUCACAGUCUGUUCAUAUGUGUGUAUGGUGUGUUACUUUCUGCUGUGUGGGUGUACGGUGUGUCACAGUCUGUUGUUUGGGUGUACCGUGUGUUACAGUCUGUUGUCUGGGUGUACGGUGUGUUACAGUCUGUUGUACGGGUGUACGGUGUGUUACAGUCUGUUGUGUGGGUGUACGGUGUGUUACAGUCUGUUCAUAUGGUUGUACGGUGUGUUACAGUCUGUUGUGUGGGUGUACGGUGUGUCACAGUCUGUUGAUAUGGGUGUACAGUGUUAAAGCAUGUACAAAGCUGAGCCAUCAUGGUAACUGUGUAAAACAGCUUGUUUUGUGAAGCAAACUAUGGCAUGUCGCAACUGCGCCAAACGGACACUGCCAGGAGGGCGGCCCAGAUUGUCCGCGGCAUGAGGGCCACCUACAGUGAUACCUGCCGUCAGCGAAUCUACACCAGAGCACUGAUCAAAGGUACCUCCCGCUUGACCAGGUUCAGGAGGGCGACGUCCGGCCGGGUGAUGUUCCCCCGUCUGGCUAGGUCAACUGGCGGCGGGUUUUAUGAAAUUCGUCGGGACACCACAACCUACUACCCUCCAGCCCUGAAGCUAUUGGAGGAGUCGACUGCAGUAUCAAGAGCUAUCAUACAUCGUAACGAACAGCUGAUAACGUCCUCCACGGUCAGGUUUAAGGUUGACGACACCAUCGCAGCACUGACAGUUAAAGUCACAUCAAACAGAUAUUGGUCGGAGCCAACUGUUACACUGACAUCUCCCCAAGGUUCCCCAAGCGGAGACUCGAGCUACCUCCAGAGUGGGAUAAAGCUGGUGCAGGUCCAGAACCCAGCGGCAGGAACCUGGGUUAUGGAUGUCUCCGCAGGGCAUGUUUCAGUUGAAGUGAGCGGCGAGAGCUCCAUUGGUGUAUCUGCGCAGUUUGCAAUGAAGGACCCCUCAACACAUUUUGUAUAUCCCUUCGACAGGCGUCCUCUUGCAGGAUCGAACACAUUAAUGGCCGUCACCGUGGUUGGGAGUGAAGUCGACCACCUCGUAUCUGCUAGCUUGACACAGGCUCCAUCAACUGUACCCACCUCCACCUUCACCUUCAGUUCAGAAGAUUUGAUUAAACGCCUCGACGGACAACUUACGUACAGGAAAACAGUUACCAUUCCACCGUCGUCCUUCGCCGUGACCUUUGAGGGACAAACUAAGACAGGUCAUCGUUUUCAGCGAAUUAUGCCCAUGACGAUCGUCCCAGUGGGAGUGGAUAUUGAUGUUUUUUCUCCACAUAAUGAAAGUAUUUACAUGAACAGGCAAGUAACUGUGCCCUUCCGAGUUUCAAAGGAGAGCGAGGAUGGAACUUCUAUCACGGUGGAGGUUGAGACUGAUCGCCAAGUGUCAGCAGGGGUGAUAACACAACACUUCACCAUCCAUGGGGCUCGGGCGGCCAUUGGGUCACUCAGGCUCUACCCGGGGAGCAGUGAGCUGGCUACUACACUAGUGGCUCUCGCCACCACCACGCAGUCCUCUACACUGGAACAGUACGACGUGGCUCGCUACCUUGUCCAGCGCCAGGUCACUAAGGCUAUUGAUAACACUCCACCAGUAUGCACCAUCAUAUCUACAACUGGAUCUUGCGAUGCUGACAAAAUCGACCCCUGUUCUUGCGAAGAUUUCAAAUGGUCGGGAACAGCCACGGUCAGGGAUGUCGGAUCAGGGAUCUACAGAGCAUCUGCGUCUGUGAACGGCAGUAGGGGAACGUUCCAGUACGACCCAACUGCAGCAACAACCCUGCCCACGGCGACAAUCUCAAGCGACUGCUGCAACCCUAUGCCCUACAUCAUCGUUGUGGACCGGGACAGCAACACAGGGGUUUGCAAGUUCGAUCUCUCUCCUGGUCUCGAGAAAUCGUUCGAUGGGUGUACAAAAAGCGAGUCUCAGAGUGUCGGUGGUAUAGUCGGAGGUACGUUAGGUGGAUUGGUGGUCAUAAUCGUCUUGGCUGUACUUCUACUGUUCAUACUACGGCGAAGGAAUCAAAACAAGAUUGACAAACUUAGAUUUGUAUUCAAAAAGGAUGAACCGUCCCAUGGAGGAAGACAAGAUGCCAGUUACAGUACCACUGCAACUGCCGAUCGUGUAGUUCCAUCUCAUCUUUUAGUUGAACAUACUGAACCUCACAACGAGGGUCGUGUUACUACGAGUAACUGCAACGGUAACAGUAACACUUACACUAACGCCAAAGCUACGGAUGCAGGGGAUAGGGUCAGUCCAGAAGCUGAGAACAAGACAUCCGCAGUGUCUCAGCGUCAUGGAAACGAGGAUCUACCACGUGAAGAAGACGUCACUGUCGUCAUAAUCCAAGAGCCUAUGUUGGAAAACACUAGAGUUGACUACCAGACUACAGGCAUUGAAGUUCUUAAUUCUGAAGACACUGGUGUUGAUAAUUAUACAGGCUUUACUGUUGACAACUCUACAGGAACUGAUGUUGACAACUCUACAGGCAUUGAUGUUGGCAAUUCUACAAGCACUUAUGUUGAUAAUUCUACAGGCAUUCAUAUUGACCAUUCUUCAGGCACUGAUGUUGACAAUUCUACAGGCAUUGAUGUUGGCAAUUCUACAGGUAUUGAUGUUGGCAAUUCUACAGGCACUGAUGUUGACAAUUCUACAGGCAAUGAUGUUGACAAUUCUACAAGCACUGAUGUUGACAAUUCUUCAGGCACUGAUGUUGACAACUCUACAGGCAUUGAUGUUGACAACUCUACAGGCAUUGAUGUUGACAAUUCUACAGGCACUGAUGAUAGUAGUUCUACAAGCAGUGAUUGAACAUUGCUUCACGAGUAAAUAUUUAAUAUUUUGUUAUCAGUAAUCAAUUACACGAAUCAAAAGCGAGAUGAGGAUCGACAACUACAAAUUUGUCAGAAUAGACUAUUUCAUUUAUCAUGUUUUGUAGCAAUUCUCUGAUCAGGAAAACACAUCAGGAUAUUAUUUUCUGAGUGUUUUCCGUAAAGUAGAUAUCAUUUUAUAUUUAGCUAUUUAAAAAAAAAUCGAUACUAUGCGAGAGCAGAAUACAUAUUUAUAUUCCCAAUAUAUGACAUAUGUGCGGAAACAGACCUGAGCAACAGUCUCUGUAUCACAUGAUGUCGUUUUAAUAAUAUAUUGGAAGUUUAAUUCCGCUAACAAAAGUAUAGCAUGAAACGCCGCGCAUGAAAGCAAAGCCUGAGUGAACACAUUCGUUAUAUGGUGACAAAAUAUCUGUAGCUAUGUUUGUUGAAAUAAGCACUCUCCCACUUACCUUAUCUUAACCCUUUGGAAAUGUUAGUUCUUUAGCAAAUUGGCCUUUUAUCAAUGUAUUUAACGCAGUUCAUCCUGGGUGUCCUCAUUUGCAUAUCUAUCAAAUCGCGAUACUACGUUUAUCAGGUUGGUUAUCGCACAGAUAACACUGUGCAUUAUAUUAUAUAUCAAUAUAUUGACCUAAUAUGCAAUUUUUUGCGUACUUGUCCCUUGCCUUGAAUAUAUGGGUGGGGCAGUGUUAAUUAUGAUGUGGCUAUGCCUAUUGAUCGAAUAUGCCAAGGAAGAAUAAGAGGGACAGGCAUUAUAAUGAACAGGUAUUACCCAUAGAGGUAAGAACAUCGGUGCAGUUGUUUUCUGUAUUUCCCACGAAGCAUUAUUAUUUCCGCUAUAUGACUUCGAUUUCUGGAAACAUUCCGGUUUUAGUAAAACAUUUCUAUUUCGGUACCCAUGAUUGGUUAGUGAUUUGUAAAUGUUUGUUCAUCCCAGAUGCGUCUAACGAUUGUAUCAUCAGUUGGCCGCAGCUGGUUCUCCACUCCCUGCUGAGUGUCUACUGGUGUCCCCAUUGGGUAUUAAAGAGACAUUUUAUUGGUCAUAUCAAGAAUG